AUGUUUAAUACCAAAAUAUUUGAUAAUAAUAAUAAUCAAUCAAAUAAUAUACCAAUAGAUUCAUCAAAUUAUCAACAAGAUAAUAAUAAUAUACAGCCGCAACCAAUAGAUAUUACAUUCAAUCAUCGACCUUCAAUUUUUAAUAAUAGUAGGUUUAGAAGAGAAUCAGUGGCUCAUUCUCAAGGUAUGGGUGGUAUAUCAUGGGGUUCUGUUACUAUUGGAUCAUGGUUGAAAGAUGAAGUUAUGUCUACAACUACAAAUAAUAAUAUUAAUAUUAAUAAUAAUAAUAAUUUUUUAAAUCCUCAUCAACCAAAUAUACAACAACAAUUACAUCAACAUCAAAAUUUAAUAAAUCCAAGGAGAGGUUCAUUUAGAAAUACAGUACAUCCAAGUAUGUCACCACAACAACAAACUUCAUAUUUACCAAAUUUAGAAGCUGAUUAUUGUAAAGAUUAUAAUUGUUGUGGCGAAAUAUUACCAACUUUACACGAUUUAUUAAGACAUUAUGAAGAAAGUCAUAUUUCUGCUUCUCCUCCUGUUGAUACAAGUCAACAUUUAAUAAAUAAUAAUAGAAAUAGAAAUAAUUAUAAUAAUAUUCAUAAUGUUAUGGAAACUGUUUCAACAACUGAUGUAUUUUUAAAUAAUAAUCAUAAUAAUAAUAAUAAUCAUCAUAAUGAAUUCAAUAUACAUAAUCAACAUAAUCAACAACAUAAUCAACAACAUAAUCAACAUAAUCAACAACAACAUAACCAGACGCAACAACAACAACUUCAGCAGAACCAACAUCAUAAUAAUAAUAAUCAACAAAUACCUCAACAAAACUACAAUCAAUCAGGAUCACCUAAUAGAGAUAUUGAAAUGGAUACAGGAGAAGAUGAAGGAUAUAUAGAUGAUCCAGCACGUCAAUUAUAUUAUCAAGAUGAUGAACAUAAACCUUUCAAAUGUAAUGUUAUUGGAUGUGAUAAAAGUUAUAAAAAUCAAAAUGGUUUAAAAUAUCAUAGAAGUCAUGGUCAUCAGGGACAAACUUUAAGAGAAAACCCAGAUGGUACAGUUAGUGUUAUAGAUCCUGAUUCAAAUAAUCCAAUGGAUAAUCCUGCAUUAGAAAAAGAUAAACCAUAUAAAUGUAAUGUUUGUAAUAAACGUUAUAAAAAUUUAAAUGGUCUUAAAUAUCAUAGAGGACAUACAACUCAUUAA